AUGAUUAGAGCAUCUAAUAAUGCAUUGUGUUCUAAUAUUCCAAAUGAAUUAGAUCUAGAAAAUGUGACAAAUAAUCCAUUUUUUGCUUGCUCAGAUAAAUUAGGAAGGCGCAUGGGUAGAAUAAUUCAUCAAGUUCUUGAAUUAUUAAUUCAGAGCAAAGUUGCAUUAUUAACAAAAGCUGACCCAGUUUCCUUCAACGAUCCAUAUGACGAAGUAUAUGGUGACAAGGUCUUAACCUCUAAAGACCAAGAUAAAAAAAUAAUUCUUCGUUAUUCAAAUGGCAUUUUGGCACCUUACUAUUCAAGUGGUGACAAAGAAGUGCACAUUGCUAUUAGCAUCCCUGGGUGCAGAAAAAGGACAAACUUACCAAUAAGAUCUACUUGGUUGCAAAAGUAGGGAAAUUCGUUGUUGGUAUCGUCAUCAAAAUGUCCUCAGUUAAUAAGUUAGUCGAACAUCAGAAACAUCAGAUAAAAGAUGUCAAAAUGCCCUCGGUUAAUAAACUAGUUGAACAUCAGCAAACAAAAGAAAAAUUGGUAUCCCGCAAAGAAGUAAUCAAUAUGCCCAUUUACCAAAAAUAUGGUAAAUAUCCUCGGGCUUAUACUACUGAAACUGAAAUGUUGUGAAAGUUAUUUGUCAAAUUGUUUGAUUAUGAGAAAGCGCAUUUUGGAAUCACGUACAAAUCUUUAGCAGAUGACAUUGGGCAAUUGGGAUUUAAUAUAACUAGUCAAAUGUUGUCUAAUUUUUAUCAUCAUGUUUCAGCUCCUCAGUCAGGAACAAGAAAAGCUAUUUGGGCUUGGAUUAACUGUAUUAUUAAGGGCUAUGUAACCAACCGUGUUUUAUAAACCAUGGAAAAGUUG